GAGGAAGAGUUCGUAGUGUCGGAUGGUGACAUCUCGGCGGAAGAUGAGUUGGAGGAAUUACCGCAUCACGAGCCUCCGAAAAAGGCUCGCGAGGUUUCGCCAGAGGAGUUUCAGAAUAGAGCGCCUCCAGGCACCCACAUUCUCUUGAACAAUGGCUAUUACUCCAUUGCGCACUACCGUGCGAACUUUGAUUGCAAAGCAAUGUUGCUCUCACGAUGGUGCACGCAGUCGGAGCUGGGCCGGCGCUCCAUGUCAAAAACCUUGCGUGUGGAAGACUAUGACCCGGAUAAGCAUAUCGAGGAGCGCGCUGUAUAA